AUGACGAGCUUGUAUGCCCGCGAUGGCAUUUCGACUGUCCAGCCACCUCUAUCACAGGCGGUCGGCUAUAUCGUCGUCGUUGUCAUCGGUGUGAUUAUUGCUCUGGUGAUGAUGCUUAUCACAAAAGUCUUGAAGAAAACCACCGGAGAGGACAACGAAAAGACUGAAAUGUUCAUGACAGCAAACCGUACUGUCCGCACAGGUCUAACCGCAUCAGCCGUGAUAUCAUCUUGGCUUUGGUCAACCGCUUUACUCGGCUCAUCCUUUGUCGGCUAUGACUAUGGCAUAGCCGGUCCGUUCUGGUUUGCAGCUGGCUGCAGUCCGAUGAUUGUGUUCUUUGCGCUGUUGGGAAUAUCCUGCAAGCGAAAGAUCCCUGAAGCGCAUACUUCGCUGGAGGUUGUUCGGAUUCGAUACGGACAUGUGGCACAUGUUGUGUUUAUGAUUCUCUGUCUGGUGAACAAUAUCUUCGCGUGCGCUAAUAUGCUUCUUGGUGCCGCUGCUGUGAUCACUGCUGUUACUGGAAUGCAUAUUAUUGCUGCAACAUUCUUGUUGCCGGUUGGAGUGACUCUUUACACAUUUGUCGGUGGCAUCAAAGCAACAUUCCUCACCGAUUAUUUCCACACGGCUAUAAUCAUGAUCAUUGCAUGCUAUUUCUCUGUCAAAGCCUUCUCAACUGACCAGGUUGGUUCCGUGGGUGAUCUUUUCGAGCUUGUCCAAGCAGCGGCGCAACGACACCCGGUCUCUGGCAACCAAGACGGGACAUAUCUGACAAUGACAUCGAAGAGCGCAAUCCUUUUUGGAAUUCUUCACACACUUGGAAACUUCGGCUUGGUCAUUAUGGACACAAGCUACUUUAUCAAAGCUUUCUCUGCCUCCCCAGCCGCAGUAGUACCCGGAUACACAAUCGGAGGCAUCGCCUACUUCGCCAUCCCAUGGGGCCUAGGAACAGUAAUGAGCUCCGUUGCCCUAGGACUCGAGAACCAUUCAACCUUCCCCACAUUCCCAAGGAGAAUGACAACUAUGGAAGUCGGCAAUGGCCUAGUCCUCCCAUACGCAGCAAUAACCAUCGCCGGUAAAGGGGGCGCAGCAGCAGUCCUGCUUAUAACCUUCAUGGCGUGCACAUCAACCCUUUCAGCGCAGGUUAUUGCCGUCAGUUCUAUUCUCAGUUUCGAUGUGUACCGCGAGUAUUUCAAGAAGAAAGCCACAGACCGGGAUCUGAUCCGCGCGAGCCACUUUGGUGUGAUUUUCUUCGCUGUUUUCUCCGCUGCUUUCAGUACCAUGCUUCACUACGUGGGUAUCAAUUUAGGUUGGACACUUUAUAUGCUGGGUGUGGUUACAUGUCCCGGAAUCUUCCCAAUGAUCUUCACAAUCCUCUGGCGACGCCAAAGUAAAGCCGCCGCAAUACUCUCUCCGGUACUUGGUCUUGCGACAGGUCUGGCUGUCUGGCUCGGGACAGCAUCGCAUUUCAGCGGUGAAGUUUCCGUCGCGUCGACGGGACAAGUCCUCCCCUGUUUAUAUGGAACAGUCGCUUCCUGCUUGUCGCCCAUCGUAUACUCCAUUUUGAUUACGCUUGUCCGGCCGCAGAAUUAUGACUGGGAUGACUUCAAGAAGGUCAAGCUGUCUCUCGAGAAGUCGGAUGGUGAUUUGACGACUGCGCAUCAUGAUGGUAGUGGUGAGGAUGGAGGGAGGGGUGCCCAUGACCAAAAAGAGCUGAAACGGUGGGGCCGUAUUGCGGCUUUCUGGGCUGUGGCGACCUUUUUGGGUCAUUGGGUUAUUUGGCCGUUGCCUAUGUAUGGAUCUGGUUAUGUCUUUGGGAAGAAGUUUUAUAUUGCCUGGGUCGUCGUCGCUAUUAUCUGGCUCUGGCUCAGUAUGCUGGUUGCUAUCUUUUAUCCGAUCUUCGAUGGUGGUUUAGAGCAGAUUCGUGAUGUUUAUCAAGGGCUGAGAGAUCGUAAGAUUGUCACCGAGGGCGCUCGGAGUAAUGAUGGCAAAGGAGAAAGUGCCUCUCCGUCUGUCGGGUCUAUCAGCGAUGGUAUUCACAUCGGAGAUUCGCAAGGAAACAAGACUUGA